CCUGUCAACAACGACGAAAGUCUCACUGCCAAAGCCAUCUGGGCACCGAAAGAAGGAGAAUGGGUGUCCCCUGAAGAUGAUCCUGAGGCGAGACGUGGUAUACCAGUCUUUCGGCCGACCAUGGAAGAGUUCAAGGACUUUGAAGGCUACGUGGAGAGAACCACUCCUUGGGGUCAACGCUCUGGUAUAGUCAAGAUUAUUCCUCCAGCCGAAUGGGUCGCUUCUUUACCUCCCAUCCCACCCAACCAACUUGCAGACGUCCGUAUUUCUUCCCCUAUCCAACAACAACUCCACGGUCAAACGGGCUUGUUCCGCGUUAUCAACGUUGAGAAGAACAGACUUCGUCCCUUAUCAGUAAAAGAAUGGUAUCACAAAGCGCAAUCAGCCAAGUACGCGGGACCGGGACCUAAGAUGGUAGAUCCUAUCAGAGAUAGAGAUACCGAACAAGGCAAGCAGGUCAGAGCCGCCAGGGAAGCGGAACGGCAAUCACGUAAUGAGAAGAGGAGAAAUGAUAAUAAACGUAGGAAAGAGGCAAAGGAAGCUAGGGAAGCACAAGAACGUUCCAUACAAGUGGAUGAAGAACAUCUCUCAGAGCCAGGACCUUCACGUGCUCCUUCACCCGAACUUGUCAAAGUGGAAGACACCUCAAUGAAGGACGAUGAAGCUUCGACCACUGAAACACCACUCCAGCCUCUGUCACAGCUGGAAACAACAUCUGUCACCUCGCCAGUCACGAAGACAAAGAAUGGGUCGAAAGAGGAAAAGUGGAAAGCGGACUUACCUUGGUAUGAAGGGUUCAAGCCUUCAGAAGAUUGGUUACCGGAGGACACUUCUGCUGCCGAUUAUACACCUGAAGCAUGUAAGGAGAUGGCAAAGAAAUGGUGGCGGAGAUUAGGUCAAGCGGAGGCUGCAUGGUACGGGGCGGAUCUACAAGGAUCCCUCUUUCAGGAUAAAGCAACUCCAUGGAAUGUCUCAUGUCUCCCAAAUUUGCUCAACAGAUGUAACCUUACCAAACAGCUUCCAGGUGUCAACACACCUUAUUUGUACUUUGGCAUGUGGGGCGCGACUUUCGCUUGGCAUGUCGAAGAUAUGGAUCUGUUUUCUAUCAAUUAUAUCCAUUUUGGGGCUCCAAAGUUCUGGUACGCUGUCCCACAAGUCCAGGCAGAAAGGUUCGAAAGGACCAUAGCUCAAUACUUUCCCGUCGAAGCUAGAACAUGCGACCAAUUCCUCCGACACAAAGCUUUCACCCUCUCCCCAACACGUCUAGCCGAGCAGCAAAUACGCGUCAACAUGCUUGUCCAACAUCAGAACGAGUUCGUCAUCACUUAUCCCCGUGGUUAUCAUGCUGGUUUCAAUAUGGGUUUCAAUUGUGCAGAGAGUAUAAAUUUCGCCCUCGAGAGUUGGGUGGAGUUAGGACGUAGGGCAAAGGUUUGUGAAUGCGUGAGCCACAGUGUACGCAUCGACGUCGAUGAGAUGCUGGCAGAACGAGAGCUGGUAGAAGCCAUCGACAACGAGCGAAGUGCAAAGAAGAAACGUUCCAGAAUCUCCACCGACACUCCAACAUCAAAACGUCCUCGCACAUCUACCGUCUUCCCCGAGGACGCCUCGCAAAGUGACGAGACUGAAGAACCAGAGCAUGAAUCGAAGCUACCUAUCAGCGGUAUGGAAAAGAGCAAAAAGGCGACUCACAUAUCGAAGCCCCGUCCUCCAGCUAUCAAGAAGGAGAUACCCUCUUAUCCGUGUCUCUUCUGCCCGUCUCUCAGCCAAGAGGGCCUUACUAUGGUCGAAGGUGCCAACGAAGUUGUUCAAGCUCGGUCAAAAUCACGUGUGCCUGGCUUAUUUGCUCACCGUUCCUGUGCAUUGGCCAUCCCGGAGACAUCGGUCGAUGAUCGUGAGGUCGAUGGGAAAUUGGUAGGGGUAAUCGCAAAUGUCAAUGCAAUCCCGACGGAUAGAUGGAAUUUGAAAUGCACUGCUUGUACAGACAGAAAGCUCGCUGCGAUCGGUGCCAAAGUGCAAUGUACCAAGGGGAAAUGCCCACGUGCCUUCCAUGUCUCAUGCGCCAAUGCCGCGGAGGAUGUGGUGUUUGAAGUCCUUGAAGUGCAGGAAUGGGUACCCUUGCCUUUGCCUGAUGAUGCUCCUCCCGGAACGCAACAUGAGUUUGAACAGGUCAACUCUAUCAAGGUCAACUGUUUGUGUCCUAACCAUAACCCCGAGGUACAAGAGAGAAAGAAACGUCAGGAGGCAGAAGCACUCCGCCAGAAGGUUAUGGCGCUACUCCCCGGUUCCAAGAUCAAGAUCAAAUCCGGAGGUAGCUUUUACGAAGUCACAUUGCUCUCUGCUAUCGAGUCUAGCCGGGUGGUGGAGGUGCAGCACGAGAAUGGGUCAGUUACUCGUGUAAUGCCAAGAAACAGUAGCUGA